UUGCCAGAAGCGGCUUUGUCAUGCUGGCCACAUGACCUGGAAGCUGUAUGCUGGCUCCCUCGGCCAAUAAUGCGAGAUGAGCGCCACAACCCCAGAGUCGGUCACGACAGGACCUAAUGGUCAGGGGUCCCUUUACCUAAUUCUACUUCACAGAAACCUAUUUACUGUAGAUAGUUUACCUUUCCCAGACUCUCCACAUACAUAUCUAUAAGGAAACUGUCUUAGUUGGAGUGUGCCAAAAGAUGUGUCACCACACCACCUCACAAUCCUGCAUUUUGCCAGUGCUGCACAUGCAGUGUGUUGCCCUGAGUGGUUGGCCUGAGACCCAGGUCUCUCAAGUUCCAUUUUGAAUCCAAGACUCUUUCUGCCCUCACAAAUUUGCCGGACAAAUACAAAAUGCUGAAAUGCAAGUGAGAUAAGGGAGGGAAAAGAAUGUCUCCAUGGACAAGAUGCCUUGUGGUGAAAAUUCCAUGCAAUUUUAACACACUCCCAGUAUGUUUAAUGGGACUUAGUUCUGAGUAAGUGAUUUUAAGUAGAAGCCUAAAUAGGCUGUAGUCCUAUGUAUGCUUAUUUGGGUAUGAGCAAGCCUCACUUGCUGUAUAAUCCUAAAUGUGUUUACUCAGAAGUAAGUUCAACUUGUUUAGGAUUGUUGCAAACAAAAACAUGUCUGCUACCUUAGCUAAGCAACUGAAAUAACUUACAGCACAACCCUAUGUGAGUUUAUUUGGAAGCGAGUCUCAUAUGCAGUUGGACUUACUGCUGGGUAAGUGAGCGCAGAACUGCAGCCUCAGGUAUGCAAGAGAAAUAACGCCCAUUGUGUAUUUGGGCCAUUGAAGGGAUUUUCCACGGGUGGCUUUAUAGGAAGCAGUGAACAGGAAGCUUUGAACAGGUAAGUGAUUUUUGUCCAAGAUAAAGAGAUUCUCAAAGCAACCUUCUCUACUUAGGCAGAAAAGCCGCCCUGGGCAAGAAAAAGCCAAGUCUGUUUGCAAAAGUUUUGGAUAGAAUCCUUCGAAAUUAAGAUGGAGUGUUAUAAGAGACAUCGGUGAUAAAGCUCAAGGUCCCACGUUUAACUCCCGGUACUUUCAGCUAAGAAGGAGGAGGUAGCCGGUGCUUUAAGAGGCCAACCGUGGAUGUGCUUUUAGGCGGGCUACUUCUUGUAUUCCCUACGGACUACAACUCCCGUCAUCUAUGGUCAUUGGCUGGGGGCCGCAGGCUGCCUAGUCCGGAUUAAGCGCUUUCAGCAAACCCUGAAAUCCACGCCUUGGCGUCUAGUCUCCGCACUGUGCUCUGCACCCUUGGCUAAUCCUAAAAUCGAGACGAAAAGAAAAAGAGAGUCUCGGAGGCGUGUGCUCCGACGUAAUAAGCUAGGGCGCGUUUGCAGCCCCGCUACCCUCCUCCUGGCUCUGCGUUGCUCUUGGAAGGCGUCGACGGCGGGGCCGCCUCUCCACCGCCCAACGCAGCGCUCCAGGUGAAGAGGCGGGCGCGCUGAAUCGCUCUCCACUCUCGGAAGAAACUUUCUUCGCCGAGGGGGUGGAGCGCCGAAGGGGCGGCGCCGAAGGUAACAGGCACCAGCGGGGGCUCCGCGCGGGCAGGGUGGCUGGGCUCAGUCGCGGGUGCUGCUCGUCCCGCUUCCGAUCGUCCUUCCGAGCCGGAUCCAGCCUCCGGGUGCCCGAUGGGCUCCCCCGGGGGAGAGCAGGGGCCCUUGGACGACGUGUCCUGGCUCCGCUCGCUCUUCGUGGCCUGCGACGUGAACGGCUCGGGCCGCAUCGAGCGCGACGACUUCGGCGCGCUGUGCGCCGAGCUGCGGGUCCGGCCGGCCGAGGCCGAGGCGAUCUUCCAGCGCUUGGACACCAACCACGACGGCGCGAUCACCUUCGCCGAGUUCGCCCGCGGCUUCCGCGGCGCCACCCAGCGCCGGAGGCGGCAGCAGCAGCAGCGACGGCGGGACAGCGCGCAGGAGCCGUCCGAGGACGCGGCGGACGAGCUGGGGCUGGGAGAUGCCCUCGACGUCUUGAGCCAGGCGGCAGCGGCGAUGGAGCCGAGCCAGGCUUGGCGGGAAUUCGAGCAGCGGCUCGGGGACGAGGCCGGCUUCAUCCCCAGGAACGCCAGUGGCAUCCAAUGGCAAGAACAGGUCAGUGUUCUGUAUCAGAACAUCAAUAUUGUGGAACCACGAUUAAUUCAACCUUAUGAGCAUGUUAUUAAGAACUUUAUUCGAGAGAUCAAGCUUCAGAGUGCAGAGAUGGAAAACUUAGCCAUAGCUGUAAAAAGAGCACAAGAUAAAGCAACAAUGCAGCUUGGUGAACUAGAAGAGGAGAUGGACCAGAGAAUACAGGCUGCAGAGCAUAAAAUCAAGAAGGAGGAGAAGCGGAAAACAGAAGAGGCUCUGAAUGACCUCAAGCGCCAAUAUGAAGCUGAAGUGGAUGAGCUCCAAGUGACGAUAAAAAAACUUAAAAUUCUUGAAGAGCAAUCUAAAAACAUUCAUCACAAAGAAGAUUUGGUGGCAUUAAAGAACAGGAUACACGACCUGACCUUGGAAAACCAGAAACUUAAGAAAGAUCUUAUGGAAGCACAGACAAAUAUCGCUUUCCUUCAGAGCGAGUUAGAUACUUUGAAAAGCGAUCUUGCAGAUCAGAGCUUGAGUUCAGAAAGAGAUCUAGAAAUGAUCAGAGAAUACACGGAAGACAGAGAUAGUCUGGAGAGGCAGAUAGACAUUCUACAGUCGGCCAACAGGAAACUUCACGACAGCAACGAUGGCUUAAGAAGCGCAUUAGAGAAUAGCUGGAGCAUGUACAACAGAUCGCUGCGGCUGACAAACACUUCCCCAGGAAAUACUCUCUCCAGAAGCAGUCCUAAAUGCAGCAGCGGCCAAUCUCCCCAAAAUCCACGAUAUGACAGGUCAUACCAUUCGUCCUAUAUGGAUGAAGACUACGAUUCCCUGGCCCUUUGUGACCCUAUGCAGAGGACAAACUGUGAGGUUGACAGCCUGCCCGAAAGCUGCUUUGACAGUGGCUUGUCUACCUUGAGAGAUUCAAAUGAUUAUGAUUCAGAAGUGGAAUCCAAACACCAAAGGAUUUCUCAGAGGCCACAGGGUCUGCGUGAAAGCUUUACGGGUGAUGCUUCUGAUACAGAUGUCCCAGAUAUCCGAGAUGAAGAGGUAUAUAGUCCUGAUGAUGUUGGCACCGUGUUGGACUGGAAGCCCACCCAGCCAGUCAGUCGAAGCAGCUCUGGAGCUUCAACAAGGAAAUGUAUCCCUGUCAUGUCUCCCCAGUUGGACUCCCCAGACUGCAGCUCCAGAUACCCAAGCUCAGAGAAAGCUUACAAGAUCGUUCUUGCUGGGGAUGCAGCUGUUGGAAAAUCUAGCUUCCUUAUGAGGCUUUGCAAAAACGAAUUUCGAGGGAACACCAGUGCAACUCUAGGUGUUGACUUUCAAAUGAAGAGGCUCAUUGUUGACGGGGAACCUACAGUGCUGCAGCUGUGGGACACGGCAGGACAAGAGAGGUUCCGAAGUAUUGCUAAAUCGUACUUCAGAAGAGCAGAUGGGGUACUUCUGCUAUACGACGUUACCUGUGAGAAGAGUUUCCUGAAUGUACGAGAAUGGGUGGAUAUGAUUGCGGAUGCAACUCAUGAAAACAUUCCAAUCAUGAUGGUAGGAAACAAAGCCGAUCUUCGCCAGGUGCUUGCUGAGCAAGGACAGAAAUGUGUGCCAAUAAACUAUGGAGAGAAGCUGGCCAUGACCUACAGUGCAUUGUUCUGUGAAACAAGUGCUAAAGAUGGAUCUAAUAUUGUGGAGGCAGUACUUCAUCUUGCUCGAGAAGUGCGAAAAAGGAGUGACAAAGAAGAGGACAAGUCUGUAACAAACCUGACUGGGACAUCAUUGAAGAAGCCGUCUCUCGCCAAAAACUGCUGUGGUGUUUAGAGACAAUCCAGCCCUCUUUUUUGCCCCAAAGAAACAGAUUUCAGUGGCUGGGGCAGAAAAGGAGUAAUGAAGGAUUUAGGCAUACAUUGUUCUGUAGAGAACUAGAGAACCAUUCCUCUUGAGUUGCCACAUCCAUUCAGAUGCUUUGGAACCCUGUUGAGCAAAACCAAGCCAGGGAGUCUGGGACCUUCAGUCCAGGAGCAGAGCCAGACGCUCCUGGGAGAUUGGUUCCUGUGUGCAAGAAGAACCAGCUGCAAACCACCUGUGCCUUUUGAAGACAGCCCAUUCUCUGACCUCCUGGGAGACAUUUGCUGCUGUUCGUGAAAUUUCACCCCCAACCUGAAACUUGCCCCAUGUCUAUUUUGAGCGGAGUUCUUCAGUUCUUAACUUCCCCCUGCAUUCUGUGCUGCAUCGGGUUCUCGAGGAAACAUGGCGGCGGUCAACCUCUAGGCAAAUGAUCCUGCACUGGAAAGGAAAGUGUGGCUGUGUCAAAAGCUAAACUAAUCAUGCAUCCCUGUGUCCUUUAGCAACUUUUGGGAAGAAUUAACCAUUCAAGCUUGCUUCUCCUUUUAGAAGCCAUACAUGUCAGUUGAUCAGGAUAAAUGAAAUGUGUCUUAGCUGUCACUGGGGGGAUAAACCCGUGUCUGGGCUGUACAGCUUUGCAGCGCUGCCAGUUGCAGGUGUGUGUGUGUGUGUGUAGUAAAAUGUAAAUUAGCAUGUCUUGAAGAAGGCUAAGCUAGAAUCUCUUUCCCCCUCGGGCAUCUUGUUUUCUGGGUGGAGAAAAUCCAGCUAAGUUCUACUCAAGAGUGGAUCCAUUGAAAUUCAUGGGUGAAAAUUAGUCGUGCCUAUCAAUUUCAAUGACUACUGUGAGGACUAACAAUGGACAACAGUCCAAUUUUUUGUUAUUGAAGAGAGUUAAUUUGUAUGCAUCCCACAUCUGAAGAGGUAUAGCCCAAGCACAGGUUCAUGACCUUCAUGAGAACUAAGUCUGUCAUGUGCCCUUUGAUGGAAAACCUCCUCCCCACAUGCCAGUAUUCUCAUAAUGCAGAGUGGAGUGAAAUAUGGGUGUUUUCUUCCCACCUUCAAAAUAAUGAGCUUUAAUGCUAACUGAUUUAGAUAAGCCGCUUCCACAGACUGCACCCUAAGUAGUCUGUACUUAAAAUUAGAGGGUUGAUUCUGACCUCUGUUACUGAUAACUAAUACCUGGAAAGAGGUAUUUUUUUCCCUGACCCGUAGCUGUGCAGAUGUGGAACUGGACGUUGGUGGAGAUUUGUACAUGCAAAAGUUUGUUGACGGAGCUAAGAAACUUGGGCUCUUUUAUAUACAUGUUAAAUAUUUUAUUGGAUUUAUAGGUUCACAUCUUUUUCCUUAUAACUAAUUUAUAAAAAAAACUAGUCUAUUUUUAUAGAUGUAUAGAUUUUAUUUUGCUUUUCUGUGCUUUAUCAUAGGUUUGAAGUGAGGAAAGUGUUUGCAAUUGAAACAUUGGUUAGCUGUUCAUGUCUGUGAAACUUACAGCAACCUAGUCUAAAUUCUGCAAGUCUCAAUAGAACUGCCUGGGUUGUGAGGAGUGGGUGGGUGCAUUGCUUUACUUGCAGCUCAGGAGUAGCUAACCUGUGGCCCUUGGAAUGCUCUUGGACUUCUGUUCCCUUCAGCCACAGUGGCCAAAGAGAGCGACCUUUGGAGGGCUAAGGUGCUCCAUCUUGGUGUAAGCAAUGUAUCCAAGGAAAAACUGCAAACAGAGAAUUGGCGACACUUAAAUACCACCAAAACUCUUAUAGUAUUUCAAAGCACACGUACCAGUGGAAAUGUUUAAAAUUGGGGUGAAAUGGAAAUACAAAUGUUUGUAAUUCAGCCAACUCGGAUGCAAAUCUCUGUCGAGUAGGACACUGUAAGUGAUUCGCAUGUUCUCUUUUUAUACAUACAUUUAUACUUGGUCCUAACAAUCUAGCCCAGAAUUUCCAGUUUUCGCAGGUUGAUUUAUUUUAAAGAUUUCUAUGUGUUGUUUUAAAGCACCAGUAGCAGUAAUCUUGAAGCAUUCAUGGUUACAGGUUACGAGUCUGAGACGCAAACAAAAAUUGAAGUGUCAAAAUAAGUAUAAACUUCUCAGCAUUGCAUCAGGGUUUUGAAAUGCCUUUGCAGUAGCAGGGGCCGCCAAAUCCAAGUACUAGUUUUGUUACCUUGACAACAGACAGCAGUUUAAACCAGCAUGAUUGCACUUUUGCGACUUUAGUUUCCAUUUCUGAAGUUGCCAACUUCCAAGCAAAUCAUCCUUUAUAGAUUGGAGCGGCGAAAAUACGAAUCCUGCCACGUGCCAAGAAAUCCCUGUCUAUUUCAAUGGAAAGAGCAGUUCCAUUCAUGCCAUAUAAUGUGGUACAGGAUUGGGGAACCUGUGUCCCUCCGAAUGUUGCUAAACUACCACUCUUUCCAUCCCUGACUGUUGCCCUUGCUGGCUGGGGCUGAUGGGCGUUGGAGUCCAAUAACAUCUGGAGGACCGCGGGUUCCCCCAUCCCUGCUGGAGUGCAAAGAGGUCUUUCCGUUCUCCUCCAUUCACAGCAACUCAUUGCGCAACGUGGGACACUGGACUGGGACAUGUCAGUCCUGAAUAUGUUUGUGCCCAUAUGUUUGGUUAGCAGAGCUCAGCCACUUUGUAAAGCUAAUUUUCUCGUUGAUUUGUUGGGUACUUGUAGCGUAUGUAGUCCUAACGGCAAAAGUAGCCUUUAUUUAUUUAGUGACCAUGUUACCAUAUACAUGUAUAUUUAUUUUUGAUGGAAAAUCUUUAUAUGAUUUUGUUUCUCAUAAAUUAUGUACAUAAGAUUUAUUUUUAUGCAUUUAGCACUUAAAUACCAUUGUUUGUCACUUGCUGUCUUUAGCUUCUGAAAUGUUAACACAUACCAUGCUGUUUUUAAAGCCAAUGAUCUUUGUGUUUUGGCCUCCUUAAAUAAUUGAUCUGCUAGCAAAGUGCUUUGGUAGCUGGCCUUUAAACACAUGCUAAUAGUUUUUAUGAGCCAAAAUAUGCCAUACCAAAAUGUCUUAGAAUUAAAAUCCUCUAUAAAACAUGAAUGAGCACUCGAUAGUUAUUGAAAAUGUCAUUUUUGAAGUCUUUCUAAUAUGGUUCUGUUAGGUAGUUGCAAACAUUGCAGUCCUAUGUUUUUGCCCACUCAGAAGUUAAGUCCUCUUAAGCAUUCAAUGGGAUUUGCUCCCAAAUAAGGACGUGGGUGGCGCUGUGGUCUAAACCACUGAGCCUAGGGCUUGCCAAUUGGAAGGUUGGCAGUUCGAAUCCCUGUGACAGGGUGAGCUCCUGCUGUCCAGUCCCUGCUCUUGCCCACCUAGCAGUUCGAAAGCACAUCAAGUGCAGGAACUGUAGAUAAAUAGGUACUGCUCUGGCAGGAAGGUAAACACUGUUUCCGUGUGCUGCUUUGGUUCGCCAGAAGUGGCUUAGUCAUGCUAGCCACAUGACCCGGAAAAACUUGUCUGCAGACAACGUCAGCUCCCUCGGCCAGUAAAGUGAGGUGAGUGCCACAACCCCAGAGUCGUCUGUGACUGGACCUAACGGUCAGGGGUACCUUUACCUUUAAGAUAGUGUAGGAUUGCCAUCUUAGUAAGCGUGCCUAAUUAAACCAUGUGAAACUGAACUCUGGGCAAACACACAGACGGUUGUUCUGUAAGUCAGAGGUGAGCAGAAUCUCAACUAGGAUCUCCUGGUGGGCCUCUAGGUGAUUUGAAGUAGAUUUGCAUUGGUUUCUGGCUCCUAAUUGUUUAAUCAUGAAGACAACAUAUGACCUCCCCACCACUGAAAACGGAGGAGGAGGAGGAUAUUAAUCAGGAGUGGUUUUCUUCUUCUUUUUGUAUAGGACUGUGAGUUCAGUCUAAUUCUGUUGCUCAGAACAAAUUCCUGGGCUAAAAAUUCUUUCAUUCUAAGUCAGGGGUAGGCAACCUAAGGCCCAUGGGCCGGAUCCGGCCCAAUCACCUUCUCAAUCCGACCCAUGGACGGUCCGGGAAUCAUGUUUUUACAAGAGUAGAAUGUGCCCUUUUAUUUCAAAUGCAUCUCUGGGUUAUUUGUGGGACAUAGGAAUUCAUUCUUUUUUCUUUUUCAAAAUAUAGUCCGGCCCACCACAUGGUCUAUAAGGGAUGGUGGACCGGCCCACGUCUGAAAAAGGUUGCUGACCCCUGUUCUAAGUUUAUGUCUUUGCACCUAUUUUUUAAAUUCAUAUGUUCAUUUAAAUAAUGAAUUAGGAUUCAUUUCACUUCCACAGGGCCAUAUAUUCUCCCCCCUCCCCCGACAAAGUUGUGUCGCUGUGUAUGGAUAUUCAGUGACUUCUGAGAGGGGUGGGCAAGAAAGUAUAAGAUGGCGGAGGGUUUCCCUCUUUUACACAUCUGAAGAAGCUUUACCAGCACCUGGCAGGUGGCUUGGUUCCUCUCAGCAGUCCUGCUUGAGUGCAACAGCGCCUCUCCCCUCUGCGCCAUAACAUGAAUAUGCCACAGCCCUCCUUCCACAACACUCAGCUGUUUCCUCACUGCUCAGCUGUGUGGUUGGGUGGAUUGGAGGUUGAGGAGUCUCUGUGAAUCGGUUCACCCUCCACAAACCACCCAGCUAUUUGCCCAUGUCCUGCUCAUCCGUUCACAAUGUGCGCACAGAUGGAUGGAGGGAGAGGUGUGUGAGAGAAAGAGGGCGAUUAUCUUUCCUCUAUCUCAUCCCAUGUAUAAUGUACAUAGACACGCAAACAAACACACUCUGGGUGGGUUGGGGUCUGCACCCGAAUGUGUGAGGAUUGGCGUCUUGAUCUACAGUGAAUGCAGAUUUAACUUGCCUGCGGCCCUGUCCCUCUCCCCUCUUGCAUAUAUAUAUAUAUAUAUAUUAUUUCAAAAACAUAGUAGAUGGUAGAUAGCAACCACUACAAAAUACCAAUUGGCAAUCUUACCUGAGUGAAUAAAGAAACGAAAGGCAGGGCUAUUCCCAGUUUUUCUGUCCUUGCAUUUUUUUUAUCCCUACUAAAAUUAUCAAUACAGACAUAAUUCUAAAUCUAAAUGGUUUCAUGUUUCAGAGCAGAAAGAAGUUUUUUUUAAAUGGUGGUUUUUCUUUUUCUUUUUCAAACUGCAUUUUGUCCUCUCCAGUACUAUGCAAUGCACUUUUUUGGGGGGGGGGAAUAAAUGGAUAGGAUUUUUCCUUCCUCAUGAAGGCUCUUUCCUUACCCCAAAACACACACUGCACAAAGAGGUGCCACUCCUUUCAAAAUACAGAUGCAUCAAUGAUAAAUUCAGACGUGAAAUUUCAUCUUUCAAUGCCCAAUCCAAUACAGAUUCUUCGUUCAUUGGCAGGACAUUUUGGCAGCUGAGGCGAACCACAAAAUGGCACCCCCACCCUGUGGGGAUCCACAGAAUGCUGUGUGAGAGAGUAAGUCUGCAGGCCUGAGUGCACUAGUAAAGUGAAACUGGCUGAUGCAAUACUUUCUAUAGGAGUGCUGGGUCAGAAUGACUCAGCAGUAAUGUGCUGUCAGUUGAUUGGUUGUCAUCGGUUUAAAAGGGAAACCUUCCCAGCAGUGAGAGUGGUGGUGUUGUAGAAGGGCGUGGUCAGCGAGAGGUUUAGAGAGAGUAUGAACUGCUCGUGUAUGAACUGCCUGUAGAUAUUUGUAUAUAGCUCACAAUAAAUAUACUGCACUAAAGAAGCUGGAACGCUUAACAUUUCUGCUAAAGCGCCGUGAAGGAAUUCGUGACACACCCAGCCAGGAAAUAAGGGAUAAGUGGGUGAAGACCUACACCGGGAACAAGGGGACAAGAUCAAAUCAACAGUUUGUGGGAAAGUGAGGAAGCCUCUCCUCUUCCCAGAGAGGAGGUGUGAGCAGGAAUCGCUUCCCGAGUCUGUAGGGGGGGUUGUGGCCGGACCCUCUGCAUCAUUGGAGUCCUGAGUCCGUGUCACGCACUCCAGUCAGCCAAUCCGGCGGGCUGGUGGGCGUGGUUUAGCUGUUUAAAACGGCCGCGGGUCCCACGAGCUGCUCCUUCUUGUUCCUGGCUUCCUCAGAUCACCCGCCUGCCCGCCCUUUAGGCUUUGCUUCGGCACCUGACCUUGCUAUGGACCUCGGUUGGUCGCCUUGGUUGCCCAAGGGUAGGAAUUUUCCCCACUUGGCAGAUUGGCUCCAGCCACUUGGUUUUUCGCCUACCCCGUAGCAAAUCGCCACAACUUUGUAAGGUUUGGCGGCUAGGCAUUGGAAAUGCGUUGUGUGUCAGCGGGGAGGUUGUGGCCAUCACCUACCCUUGAAGGGUAUUCCAUUAAAGGAAUCUGGUGGUUGUGGUUCCUGUCCGAUGCCCAGGUGGUGGCUAGGGCCAUAGCACGACCCUCCGGUGACUCUAGGGCAGGGGUGGCCAAUGCCCAAGAGACUGCGAUCUACUCACAGACUUAAAAAGAGGCAGUGAUCUACCCCAUUUUGGGGGGGUUCAGGUUGUUGAGCUUUUUUUAAGGAAGAAAGUCCGUUUUUUAGGGGUUCAGGUCAAAGUUGUUGAGUUUUUUUAGGGAAGUCAAAGUUGUUGAGCUUCUUUGAGGGGAGCCAGUGAUCUACCGAUGAUCGACCACAGAUGUCCAGUGAUCUACCAGUAGAUCACAAUCUACCUGUUGGACGUGCCUGCUCUAGGGGAAAGCUUCCAGUCGAUUUACAUCAACAAGCUCCUCCUACAGGUUGUUAACCCUUGUGUGCAGAGCGGGCGGGAGUCAACUAUAGUCUGUUCAGAUCCAGUGCCUAAGCCAAUACCACUCACAUUCUGUAACCAAUAAAGUUGUGGCCUUUUUUUAGCCCAUUAACCUAAAAUACUUGUGUCCAUGUGUCUUAUUUCAUCACAAAGCGCAGAGCUGGGCUUCGACUCACAAUCAAAGGCUGCCGUCAGAAUCACAGUGGGUGGGUGCAAAGUCCAGGAGACCCCAGAGGGCUGCCCCUACCAUUUCCUCUCUAGGGAUGGGAGGAAAACAGCAGUGCCUCCUAUUUACCUAGAAGCCCCUGCAGAAGCAGAAUUGGGGGUGGGGGCUGCCGAGAAGGUGUAUGAUCCGGCCCCCAUGGAGUGUCAUUGUCACUCCAGCUGCUGCAGCAGGCAAUGCAUUCCUUGGAAGCUGGAUCUGCUGCUCCUGUGAAUCCUGCUGCCCAAGGCGACCGCCUCAUAUUGCCUCAUGGGUGGGCCGGCCCAGGCCACUGAUAUUUGCGGAUUCUCCCACUUCCCCAUUUGUCUUUGCAAUCCUCCAUGCUUUCUUAAAUAAUUUCUUUUCGACCCAGAUGCUUUGAGAAUCUCUAGCUAUCUUCAGCCACGCAAUUUCUUCUGUGCAUAGCGGUGUGUAGCUCCUCGCCCCACCCUGCGACAAACUCUCUUCUCUUUUUACAAUCAAAUAUAAGACCACAUGGAGUAAUUCAGCCUUUCAGAGCAAUCAAUUCAGAAUGAUUUUCUGUCAUUGCGAUGCAGGCAGCACAUCAAAGCUUUCAAAUCUC